AUGACUCAUCAUCGUUAUCCUCCAAUAGUAUGUCAUCAUCGACCUAAUAAAUGUUCUGUAUCUUAUGCUACUUUUUCUCGAUCAUUACUUUUAUCUAGAGAAGUAACAACAACAAGUACAAGUGAUAGUAGUCAAAUCACAUGUUCUUCUCCAUCAUCAGUAACAGUCGUUCCAGAAGAAUCAUCAACUCCUUUACUUGCUUUAUCUAUUUGUUAA